GGAAGAUCUCAAAAGCAAAUACAUGUGCUGUAGAUCAGACAGUUCUUUGAUGUGUCAUCCAUGGCUUGAGAAGCUCAUUAUCUUCCUUAGGUUUCAUCAGCUUAGCUGAUAAUGAGAGGCACAGAAACAAAUGAACUGAACAAAAGCUGUAGGCUGCUCCCUUGUUUGCGUGCACUCUGUUCUGAUGAACAGGUUUCCAGCCAAAACAGCUUCUGGAGUGCACUGCAUGACCAUAACUGAACAAUGUCUGUCCCACGUGGAGCUGUCCAUGCAAAAUGGAUAGUGGGGAAAGUAAUUGGGACCAAAAUGCAGAAAACUGCCAAAGUGAGAGUGACAAGGCUCGUGCUGGAUCCCUACUUGCUAAAGUUCUUUAACAAAAGAAAAACCUAUUUUGCCCAUGACCCACUGCAGCAGUGUGUUGUUGGAGACAUUGUUCUUCUGAAAGCUCUGCCCGAGCGAAGGAGCAAACACGUGAAACACGAACUGGCUGAAAUUGUGUUCAAGGUUGGCAAUGUCAUAGAUCCCAUCACAGGAAAGCCCUGUGCAGGAACCAGAUUCCUGGAAAACCUGUCAGAUUCAGAAAAUCUGACUGAGGCAGAUACUACCUAUCUAAGUGAGAAACUUCAGGAACUUAAAGUUUGUUCAACAGACAAAUAGUGGGGGAAAUAUUUUAGGCAGAGGGCUUCCAGCUUUUGUCUCUUUCUGUCAGGGAUGUUUGAGGCCCUGCUGUGAUAUGUUAAAUGUUUCAGUGAAAUCUGUAGUCAAAAUAAAUAGUAAAUGUAGUUGCUUAUGCAAAUAGAUGUUUCUGAUUGAUGGGCACCUGGAGCUUCGAGUGAAAAUACAGAGAAAAAUGCAAGUUUAGCGUUCAUAUUUCAUUUUGUUGCCUGUAGUUCUGCCCCAGUGACUGUUCCCAAAGGCAGCUGCCCUCCUGGAAUGACCCCUCUGUGUUAAGACAAGACUACAACUGUGUGAUGUUUAAUUUUGGUGAGAGGGUCAUUAUAUUAUUUGAUUGUUCUGUAUUUCAGGCAGUCUUUUGUGGUUUGUAGGGUUACUGGAGAUGAUGCUAUUAAAGCUUUUGAAAGGAAGUGUAGAAUUUUAAAACCA